UCUCCUCUUUUUCUCAUUCAAAUCAGUCAUGAAUUCAAAAUCCGCUUUCCUUCUGAUCGUGGUGGCAGUUAGCACCACGGCCAUGGUGCACGGCCACCCUGCCGCUAGCACUCCGGCGGCACGGUUCUGGGAGCAGGCCCUCUCCGGCACGCCGAUGCCGGAGGUGCUAGCUGAUUUUGUUCAGAAAGGAAUGGAUCUGUCACCGCUCGUGGAGCACUACUCUGCACAGCCUAGUAUCGGCAUGUGCACACUCUUCAACACUAUCUGCGACGCGCGCACGGUGGCGGAGACCGGCAUCUUCUUCCACGAGGCCGAGCUACAUCCGGGCAGCACCAUGACCCUGUCUUUCCCAGCGGAGGCGGACACAGCCAUCCUCCCGCACGACAUCGCCGGCAAGGUCCCCUUCGAGAACCUAAGCGACGUCCUCUCCACGUUCCACAUCUCACCAGGCUCCGCUGAGGCGGCGCAAGUGGAGGACACCCUGCGCAAGUGUCAGCAGCCGCCAAUCGCCGGUGAGAUAAAAGCCUGCACCAUGUCGCUAGAGAGCACUGUAAAGGCCGCCAUGGAGAUGCUCGGCACCACCAUCCAGCAGGGUGGUGGUGGUGGUGACGUGUGGGCGGCCACUUCGACGCUCCCCCGCGGUGGCCUGCUACCACACCGGGAGUACAUUGUCCAGGAGGUCACCAAGCUAGAGGGCACUGGCUACGUGGCCUGCCACAAGGUGCCGUUCCCAUACGCCGUCUUCCAUUGUCACAUCGCACAUACGGGGUAUAUAGGUUACAAGGUCACCCUCCACGGCCGCGGCGACAACGAGGGCCCUGUGGUUUCCUUGCUGGCGUUCUGCCAUUUCGACACCUCCCACUGGAAUCCGGCACACCCGGCGUUCCAGAUACUGAAGACCCACCCUGGUGCCAGUACGUCGGUGUGCCACUUCAUGUCGUAUGGCAAUCUCGCGUUCAUCAAGAAGGCACGCACAGCCUAGCUUGCUACUGCAUCCUUCGUUGCGCGCUACAUACGCCAGUGUCGUGCUCUGGACAUCAACGUGGCGCUCUUUUUUCAUAUAUGCACCGUAAAUGUGUAAAUGUGGGCAUUCAUCCGUUCUAGCUAGGACGGCGUCUUCUAUAUAUAGAAUAAGAAUAAGAAUGGCACCAUAUAUAGUUCUAGCUUUGGCAUCAGACGAAAAUAUAAGGGUGUAACAAUGGUACGGUGUGUGUCCAGGUUUGUUUGGAUGGAUGUUAUAUGUAAGUACAUGUCGCUAGUGUUGGUGAGUGGGGGCUCCGAUCCUACAUAUUGCUAGCUAGUGCUGGUACAUGUCAUUGUUACUACUGUAUGAAACUUGUGUGGUUGGUCCUGUGUGGCCUAGCUAGCGUCGGACAUACUGUAUUAUCCUGUUAUGUGUAUGAAUAAAUAUGUUUAUGUAUAUAUUA